UUUAUAAAAUCAAUAUUUCAAAAGAUCAAUUUAAUGUUUCUCGCUUACUGAGUUGUCACAUUGUUGGGCUGAGCGUACAUACAUUGUUUAAUUCGUCUUCCAAGUGCUUAUAUUAUCUCAUUGAUAUUCGUCUCCAUAUUCCGAAUUUUCAUCAAUAAAAGUACCUCUUGGAAGCCAGCUGAUUGGCCGAGAAGCCACAUUUAAGGCACUCAUCGAUAAAUUCGCGAAUUCGGAACACGAACCGUAGCGUAAAAACGGCUUCGAAAUUGGCGCGCUUCGCGACCCACUUCGGCGGGGCACAGAGGGUGCUGGGCUCUCGGCGGUUCUGGUGGCGGGCUCUGGCGGCGCGACACACGCGUGAACAAGAGUGGCCUCGGCAGGACGAGCGUUCCCACUGACUCGGCCGCAGCGUCCGUCUCCGCUGGGAAAAAGGCGCAUCGCGCGUGAUAUUCACGAGAACGGUAUCGUCGCGAUUGGCGUAUCCUCGGCCGGGUAGUUCGCCGUCCACCGGUCCGUUCGGCCGCCGCCGCGGGCAGAUGCCCCUCCGCGACGUGCUCUCCCAUUGGUCGCCGCGCUCUCGUGCAACCGGAUCGACGUUUACCGCAAGAUCCGGCGGCCUCCCCCCCACCACCACCGUCGUCCGCGACGUCGACGAGGUUCUCGUGCGCGGUUCACCGAAUUUCACCACGACCGGUCGACCGCCCCCCCGUGGGGGGCAAACCUCUCUCGCGAUAUCAUCAUCAUCGUCAACCAUCCCUGCCGCCGUUCUCGCCUCCCAGCAGCGCCGUCAACAACAACGGCGAAAGCGCGACAAACGCGCGAGCGCAGCGCCGCCGCCAUCAGCGCGACCGCCAUCGUAACGAGGUGCACAUCGCCGUUCACCGCGACUAGGCAGGAAGAGAGAUGCCCGUAGGUACGAGAUCGAUCAGACCGAGUAGUUCCCGCACGACGAGUAUGGAGGUACCGUCGACGAGGCUGUAACAACGCGAGCGAUCCCAGCACGCACCGCCGCCGCGCGAGCAUCGCCACGACGGGCCGUCAUCGUCGUCUCCACGCUCUCACGCUCGGGUCAGCUGCUGCUGUUGCUUCGCUGCUGUUGCUGCUGAUAUCUCCGCCGUUCCUCGGUGUGUGCGCGUAUGUGUGUGUGGGUGCGUGCGUGCGUGCGUGCAUAGUCGCCUCGCCGUCGUCGUCGCCGCCGCCGCCACCACCACCACCACCGUCCCCGCAACCGUGAUAUUUGUAUCGUGAGGCGCCGAGCGGCCAGUACAAUGGAGCUACGCGUUGGUAACAAGUACCGGCUCGGACGGAAAAUCGGGAGCGGCUCCUUCGGCGACAUUUACCUAGGCACCAAUAUAUCCACGGGUGAGGAGGUCGCUAUCAAGUUAGAAUGCAUAAAAACACGGCAUCCGCAGCUGCACAUAGAGUCCAAAUUUUACAAGAUAAUGCAAGGAGGCGUUGGAAUACCAACUAUAAAGUGGUGUGGAUCGGAAGGUGACUAUAAUGUGAUGGUGAUGGAAUUACUCGGCCCAUCACUGGAGGACUUAUUUAAUUUUUGUUCGAGACGUUUCUCCCUGAAAACGGUCCUGCUCCUUGCCGAUCAGUUGAUAAGUAGAACAGAUUACAUUCAUAGCCGCAACUUUAUUCAUCGUGAUAUUAAACCGGACAACUUUCUGAUGGGUCUGGGGAAGAAGGGGAACCUAGUCUAUAUCAUAGACUUCGGAUUGGCUAAAAAGUAUCGCGACGGCCGCACACACAAACACAUACCGUAUCGAGAAAACAAGAACCUGACGGGAACGGCUAGAUACGCGAGUAUAAAUACGCACUUGGGGAUCGAGCAGUCACGACGGGACGAUCUUGAGUCUCUGGGCUAUGUGCUUAUGUACUUCAAUAGGGGUAGUCUGCCCUGGCAGGGAUUGAAAGCGGCGACGAAGAGGCAAAAGUACGAGCGCAUCUCCGAGAAGAAAAUGUCCACUCCGAUAGAAGAACUUUGCAAAGGUUACCCCUUAGAGUUUGCGUCGUAUCUAAGGUAUUGUCGAGACUUGCGUUUCGAGGAAAGGCCGGAUUACUCGCACCUCCGACAGCUCUUCCGGACGCUGUUCCACGGCCAGGGCUUCACCUACGACUACGUCUUCGACUGGAACAUGCUGAAGUUCGGUAACGCGAGACAACCGACGUUACCCUCCGCGCAGCAGGCGCCGAUGCACUCGCAGCCGUCCAACGCGGCGCUGCCUUCCGGGACCAACAACGAUCAGGAACAUCGAUCAAGGCCCUACACGCGACAGUGUUUGCCGAACGCGUCGGUAGCGACGGUGGGGCCGACGCUCGGGCCGAACGCGAGUCUGCGAGCGAUCCGGCAGAAGCGCGAAAUGGAGACUCGCGGCGAGCAGGACAAUCAGGACAAGAGUGAUCUCCAAGGUAAAAUACAAUUCUACCAACAAUUCUGCGCGAGCCAACAGAAACCUGUUGCCGAGCGAAAAGCGAAACUCGCGGCCGGACAGGCCGGUAAUCCGCGCGGCCCCGCGUGUCAGUUCAGUACAUUCAAGUCGUCGCCGGGUAGGCCGGCGCCGGACGCCACGGGUUCCCUAGAUCUCGCCGGGCUUAGCUUAGGUCAUCGCGAGUUAGGGCCGAAACGCGCCGAGCUGAAUCCCGCGACGUCGCGCGACCAUUAUUACCAGCCGAUCGGCAGGGCGCGCGAGAGGAGCCCGAACGCGGCGUCCCGUCAGCUCGACAAGCAGAGUUAUUUUUUUCAUGGGCAUAAAACUGAGAAAGACGUAGAUCGCGAGGUCGUGAUGUUCGAGGAUCUCGGCGGGGCCGAUCGUGGGCUCGAGAGCCGGCGAGCCGGAGGGCCGAAGGACGCGGAGGAGGCGGCCGCUGCCUCCGGCGGAUCGAUGAACUGCUUCGGUGGGCCGGACCAGCGGGGCUACAGCGACUACGCCGAGAGGAAGCUGAGGUAUCCGGCCGCGGGCUCGGGCGUGCGACGGCUCACCAUGGCGUACGAGACGCGCCGCGACUCCGGGAACGUGGAGUUCCUCGAGAAGGAGGGCGAGAUCUUCAAGAAGAGCAGCAGCGAGCUGCUGCAGGAGGCCACCGCCGGCAAGCGGCGGAACUUCUCGUUCCGCAACAAGGAGAAGACGCACCGUAGCCUGGAGUCGCUGGAGAGGAGCGUCGACGCGCCGGCGAUGGACUGCAAGAGCCUGGACCUACUGCCGGAGGAACGGCCGAGGACGUUCUUCCACAUCAAGCAGAGGAGCCUCGACUCGACGCAGAAGCCGAAGAAGCCGGCCGAGCCGGGCAAGACGCGCAAGCGGCCCAGCUUCUUCCAGAGAGUCGGUAGAAGCCUGCAUUUUUUACCCAGGGAGCGCGAGAAGUGCCAGGAUCUCCUGAAGCCGGAGGAGCCGCGAGUCGUCGACAGCCAGUACCUGCUGCCGAUCGACCAGAAGUGCGAGUACUUCCUGCAGAGGCACCAGAAGGGCGUCGUCGAUUUUUUUGAGAGGGCGCCAACCUCGCCGGCCAGUCGUGCUCCCGCUCGGUCCAAUCUCGGUAAACCCUCCGAUCAAUCUCGCGAUCACGUCGACAGCCCGUGCCGGCCCACGGAGCAGCACCUGAAGCAUCUUCAGGAAGAGAGUACGUUUCGUGUGACGAGAGACUCGGACGAUCUCUUGAAGAACAGCUUCGACUUCACGGACAAGGAUGCGGUGGCGGGGCGGACUCGUUCUUCGAGCGCCGAGUCGGUGCGAUCCGCCGACGAGCAACCCGCCUGCAACAACGAAGUGCAAUCGAGGCUCCUGGAGCCGGUGGCGAGCGUCGCCACGCAGGAGACCGUGAGCGGCAACAAGGACAGCCUCGAGAUCGGCUACUCCAUCAGCCAGCUCGGCAGACUGUACUUACAGAAUCUGCAGCGCGUCGGCCGCACGGACGGCGGCCUGCGGUCGUUGGAGGCCGGCGACGUGGACGCGAAGCGCUACAUCGAAUGGAUCACCAGAGACGAUCUGGACGCUCUCAGCCACGGCACGAAUUCCAGCGACUCCCUGGCGCACGGCAAGCCCCAGGGUAACUUAGACAUUCUCAAGGGUAUCCUACUCGACAUCUUCGUCUGCAUUUGCUUCUAAACGGAGCUGGGGAUUUCCGAUACGAUAAGAAAGAAAAAGGCAAAUCCUCUUGCAUCACGUACUGAGCGAUCUCUCUAUUAUUUAUAUACACAUACACACAUACACAUGCACACACACACACGCGCGCAUAUAUAUAUAUAUAUAUAUAUAUAUAUGGGUGUGUAUGUAUAUCCUCUCGUGCGAAAACUACACCAAGUUUCGAUGGUCGAGCGGCUCAGAGGGAGAAUAUUUUUAAACGAAGAUAGUAAGAAGAUAGAAGAAAAGAAACGCGAUUUUUAUACUGGGUAUUUCGAUCGUAAUCUGCAUCUCGUGCGUAUAUUUUCGUAUGGCGCUAUAUAAUAUAACGAUAUAACGAUAUAACGUUUGUAACGAAUAUAUUUGUAAUCUUUACAAUUGUCGAAUCACUCGCACGGAUAUUAACGAAGCAUUGAAAUCUUGGCUAUCUGUCUAUGAUCGAUACGCGAACGGACGAAAAGAAUUGCCUUAAAGACGCGAAAAGCGAAACCAAUUAGAUAUUGGAUUGUGGACGGCCGACACUGAGAUAACUUGAGCCAACACCAUUUUUUUUUUCUUUUUUUUUCUCUACGACGCAUAUACAAUGUACGUAUAUAAACAUAUAUAUAUUAGACUUGGUAAUCUUGUACACGUAUACUGCGGCCUCAAGAUCGAUUGCGCUUCAUUCUCGGAGGAGGAGGCGCGUCGCGGGAUCUUAAACGUCGAACUCUUGCCGCACGCACAAAGGCGCACGCGUGCACACACACACACACACACACACACGUACAUACUCUCGCACACACGCAUAUACACACGCACGAAACGCGUACAGAUACAGAAACACACAGAUACAAACUGAGUCGAGGAAGUUGGUUUUGCUUCGCCUCUAUUGUUUAGGUUUUAAACUACGGUAGAGAUUGAUAAGCACUCACAUACCAAAUUACAGUAAUUAAGAUAUGCUAUAUUAUGCGAUCACACGUGUGUACAUAAAAUACGUUCAUUGGACAAAUGCAAAAUGCAACCGUAAUGACGAGCGUAAUCGUGAUAAAGGAGAAAAAAAAGAGGGAAAGGAUGGACGGGAAUUCGAAAUUCCUCUUAGGAUCUUCGGGCUGUAUACAACGAUGAUCUUUAUUUUUUUUUUAUGUGUCUUUUCUUUUGUAAUAAUAUAUUGUAUUUUUUUUUAUAUUUGACUGAAUGAAUACAUUAAAGGAGUUUUUAUUAGUCGAGUAAUAUAUCUUUCCGCGUUGUCUCGUUUGGAUAAUUGGCAUUCUCGGUCGCCUUUUAUUAUUUGAAGAAAUUAAUUUGAUUUUGAGAAAAAGUAAGGGGGGAUUACGCACAGAGUGCGGUUUAAACGUAGGAAACGACAACGCGCAUGACAACGUGUGGUUUUAACAUUUUAAAACGGUUUCUCGUAACUUAUUAAUUUUUUUCCUGAAAUAAUCUUUCUAAUAUAUUAUUUUUAGACUGACCGAAAGCUGAUAGACUGAUACUUACCGUAAAAAAUAUCUCGAAAACUUGAUUGCAGUACACCAUAGUGGACUGUUUCUCAUUCAAAUCACCUUGUCGAUGUAUCGCAGCAGUGGCUUGCCAUUUGUUUAUUAAAUUUCAUUUAUUUUUUGUUCUACACACUUCUGCCCUUUCAUUCGCGAGAAUCCCAAAUAUCAUUUUGUUCUAAGAUGAGCCUUGUGCGGGAAAUUUGCAUUUGAAGAUUUACGAAUGUACACGCAUACUUGUAUACACGUACACUUAUGCGUGUAAAUCCCCGAUUCUUCAAGUCGGUUUUCCGCGUCAUGACACGGUGAGUAACGUUUUAAAUAGGAUUACUGUCCCGUGAGUAAUUAUGUAUCGUCCGAAAAACAACUCGGCUGGAAACAGUAAUUGGCGGGUCGCUGCCAUCUCGUGUAAAAGUAGAGAACAGUGAACAUCGCGUAAAGUAUACUCGCUUUAUUUUCCCCGCUGUGUUUGUACGAAAUGACGUUACUUCUAAUUGCAAGUUUCGCGACAUAACGCAGCCACACACACACACACACACACAACACAAACAAACAUAUACAUAUACACACGAUUGCUCUCGAUGUGCAACUCGAUGUUGAACAUCGACGAGUGACGAAAAUUCACCGACACCUGACACAGUUCCUCUCUCGAGUUCUGAUUAGCUUACUCGCGCACUCUUCUCUCACGACUCGUUUGACUUAUUUGUAAGACAGAACACGGAUUUACGAUAAUGAGCACGUGACAUGCGAGGCGACUGCUGAACUCGAUUUUUUUUAGCGCUCGUCGCGUUACUUCCUAGCGAAAUUAACGGUACACACGGCUGCUUUUUCAGCGAUUCCACACGCAUCGUAUUAGGAAUAGUCUCAUUAUACACGAGCGGUGAAACAAUGUUUUCAACGUGUUGAUAAUCUGAAGACUGUUAAUCAUCUCCUUCAUACUUACUUAAUUAGCUUUACGUGUACGCCGCGUGUCUGGGUAUGACUUCCAGGGUAUGCUCGCGACGCGACGCGAACGAACGACUCUCUCGCUGUAAUCCAAAAAGACAAAAAAAAGAAAAGGAGAAAAUACGAAAGAGCUUGAUCUCUGCGAUCCGUCGCUAUCAUCAUUAACUGUUCCACCAAUUCGGAGUUAUGCGCUGUUAAAUAUGAAUUAAAUAUGAAAUAUAUCUCUCGCAGUUCGACGGGACGACGCCUACACGAGGGACGGUCGGCGUUACGGACAACCUUAACAGAAUUCUCACGUCGCUCUCCGACGCGAUAAUUUUAAUUAGCAUUAAUGAAGGAAGCUGUGCUCCUUUGUUCAUUUAUUCACUGACAUUUUCGUCAUUUUAUCAAUUGUACCUCACCCCCCCCCCCUCUGCAACGAUUGUAAGGCUUCCACCACCGUGCUUAUCGCCAUUAAUUAAGUGUACGUAUUUUACAUACUCCUCCUCCCCCCCCCUCCUCACGUAACGUUUAAUGAACGCACGUUCUGGUGAAAUGGAAGAAGUAAACGCCGCGAUGUGUACGCGACGGCCUCUCGCGAAUUCAAAUAGCCCGGUGUCUUUUUGUUCAAUCUAAUCUGCCGCCAUCGCCACGUGGCAUUACGAGGGAGCGUCUAGAGACGCGGAAAGGUUACCAAAGCUUAGAUAGGGAGGAUGAAGUUUUUAGUUUGCUACUUAUUCGUAAUUUCGCGUAUGGGGUAGUUAGUACCUUGUUUCUCAUUCAGGCGAAACGAUCGAAGAUGAGAGAGAUUUUUACUGUUCUUGCAACGACACUGCCAGCUUCUUCCUACGCACUAGAUCACUCGGCAACGUCUUUUAACC